UAAGACAGUUUCCUCUUUACUUUUACGUAGGAAAAAUAAUUAUUUAUAAAAUUCAACUGGAAACUUAUGACAUAAUUUACGGUAACUUAGUUCAUUGGUUUUUGAUUGAUUGCUGCUUUGAUCUGAAAUUCAUUGGGACGUGUUUCAGUCUCAAGUGAAGAGAAAUGAGUAAAAAUGGCGAAGGUCCUGAAGAAGGUGAAUCUUCAUCUUCCAAUUCCAAGAGAAGCGGGUCACCAAGUAAACCUCCAAGACCUCCUCCUCCAUUGAACUGCUCGAAAUCGCAGCGUCCUUCAAGUAUUGAAAAGCAUCUAGAAACUCUGCAGCAGUUAAAGGCCGAUCGAGUUCGCUGGUUUGUGAAAGAAGACAAGAAAUGGAUUCCUUUUAAUGGCUCUGAUUCGUUGGCUAUUGAACGAUGCUAUCGUCAUAUCAUGGCUUUUGAGAGCCGGGUUGAGGAAAGCACAAAGCUCCCCAAUACUUCUCCGAUAUAUGAAAUGCCAGUUGUCAAAGGAGGCUUGUAUGAGGUGGAUGUUGAUGCUAACGAAUGUAAACCUAUUUACUGGAAAGAUGACAGUCUGCCAGUUUGUCGAGGAACUUGGUUUACCGGGACCUCUUCACUUGAUACAUGGCAGCCUCUUGGUAAUGAUGAUAGUGAGCAGAUUGAAAAGUCUCACCAGAGUAUGCUUAGGGCUCUGGUGAGUCAGUCAGCAGCUUUUGCUAUUGUUGUUGCUUUCAUUGGAGGACAGGGAGCUGUAUAA